GAGGCGGUCCGGGGCUGCCUCGGUUUCUCUGUAAUCGCUUUUCUGCUGCUGCUACCUCCAGUUAAAUAGCAAGGACACGGGAGCGAGCAGACGGCCGUGUGAGGAUAUACUUUUUCGGUACCUUUUUUUGGGGGAUUACGACGUGGAAUUUGCAGCAUCGACGGCCGAGGCGCCAGGGCCCACGAUGUCCAGCGAAGUGCAGCGACCGGACGACAGCCCCAGCACAAGCGGGGGAAGCUCUGACAUUGAACAAAGGGAAUCGGUACCGCCAGAACAGGAGCGCGAGCAAGCACAGCCCAAAAAGAAGGAGACCAAGAUCUCCAGUAAAACCGCUGCUAAACUUUCAACUAGUGCCAAGAGGAUUCAGAAAGAGCUUGCAGAAAUAACACUAGACCCACCUCCAAACUGCAGCGCCGGCCCCAAAGGAGACAACAUCUACGAGUGGAGGUCGACCAUCCUGGGCCCCCCGGGCUCCGUGUACGAGGGAGGGGUCUUCUUCCUGGACAUCGCCUUCACGCCAGACUACCCCUUCAAACCCCCCAAGGUAACGUUCCGCACGAGGAUCUAUCACUGCAACAUCAACAGCCAGGGCGUGAUCUGCCUGGACAUCCUGAAGGACAACUGGAGCCCGGCGCUCACCAUCUCCAAGGUGCUGCUGUCCAUCUGCUCCCUGCUCACAGACUGCAACCCAGCCGACCCUCUGGUGGGAAGCAUCGCCACACAGUACCUGACCAACAGAACAGAGCAUGACAGAAUAGCCAAACAAUGGACGAAGAGAUACGCCACAUAGACCCUCUCCACACACACACACACAGACACACACACACACACACACAGACACACACACACACACAUACACAUUGCAAACCGCCCCCUCCUUUACCUCCCUCCUCCUCCACUGAACCUCUCUCUACCUCUCUCACCCUUUAGUCUGUCAAAGCACAUUCACUAAGUGCAACGGUAUUCCUGCCCCUCGCCUCUUCCUCCUCCUCCUCCUCCUCCUCCUCCUCGCCCCAGUUUUAUCUACCUUUUCUGUGUAAAAACAAAAUCCAACAAAACAAAAAAAAAAGUCCUUUGUUCCUUGUUGACUUGAAAGCUUCUUUUUUUAUACAAAGAGUAGAUUGGGAUUUUUAUUUUCCAAUAUCUGAAUGUUGGAAGUAUUGUAUUGGAGAAGUUAAAAAAAAAAAGGAAAAAAAAAAG